UUUUUAAGAUAUUUUGAUGAUGUGAUCAAUUAUUUUUGGAUUGUACGUAUUUGAAAUCUAUUAUGCAAUAUUUGGCUGAUAUGAAAAUUACAUCGGUUACUUUAAUUUGUUUGUGUUGAAUUUAAUUUUGAUUAUAUGAUAGAAUUUUUUUAAGAAUAAAUCACUGUGAUUAUAGUAUGCAGACUUGUGAUUCUGCACGUAAAAAAAUAAAAACAAAAAAUGAAAGGUUUUUUAAAAAAGGGACGUUGAUAAUAAUAUCUGCAUUAUGUAAUCUUCGAUAUUUUUAGAUUUAUAUUUAUGUCCAUCUUAUAGACACAUUGAAUAAUUGUGUUGCAUUUACAAUAAUAAUAUGAAUUGGAAUAAACUUUGACAUAUUAUUUCGUUGAAUAUUUUGGUAAUAAUUGAGGCAAUUUCAAUUAUGAAGCACUAUUUCUUUUUAACACUUGCAAUACUCUCAAAAAAAUGAAUGGUAAAGAAUUAUGCCAAGAAGACAAAUCAAUACGACCUCAUUCAUCUCCUUCUUACUCUGUUAGCAAUGGGCACAGCAACUCUCAGGGUUUCGAAAUUGAAAACUAUGCUCUUCUGUUCAAAGAACAAGAUGAAGAUUUGGAAGGAUUAAGAGAAAGUGUAGAGCGAUUAGGGAAUAUGGGCAAAUCAAUAAAUGAAGAAAUUUCAAUCCAAGAAAGGCUCAUCGGUGAUGUGGAGCAUAAUAUUGAUACAACCACUACUCGUCUUCACUUUGUACAAAAAAAGAUGGAGAUAAUGAUUGUAAAAGCAGGAAGUAAUGGACAGAUAUUCAUGAUUGUCUUCUUGAUUGUGUUAUUAAUUGUGCUUGUAGUACUUAUAUUCUACACAUAAGAUUAUGUUUUCUGUAUACCCAAAAAUAGAAAAUUUCAACACAUUACAACAUUGUAAAUGCAUUGAUUUCAGCAUUCUUGUUGCACUAGU